UAAGAUUGUCUGGACAUACCUGUUUCACUGAUUCCAUGUGCUACUUCAAGAGUGUUUUGUGGGAAAUUACUAGAGAUUGGGGGUUUGUUGAAUGAAGUCUUACAUAAGGAGGUACAUGUACAUGGUGGAUGUUUAAGUACUAGCAGAACUUUUGCUUCCAUGUGCAAUAAGCAACUUAGAAUGAGGAAGGCAGUUGACUUUGAUCUAUGGAGAAUCCUCAGUUCAACUGGAAUAUGGGCAUAGCACCCUGUUAUUAAAAAUGAAGCAUGGAGAAAUGAUAACAACAUAAAUAAAAAUCUUGCCUGCCAAAACUGUGACUCACAAUAAUAUGUGAAUAAUGGCUACUACUACCAACGCACAAGAGGAGUUAGAUGCUGUUAGUUCUCCUCCAUCAGCCGGGGACAUUCAUGUCAUCAUGGCAGAAAAGGCACACGAGUUAUUCGCUAUUUGCGAUAAAGAAGAAAAAGGAUUUAUUACUAAAAGAGACAUGCAGAGGCUUCAGUCUGAACUUCCUCUCUCACCAGAUCAACUGGAAGCAGUUUUUGACUCGCUAGAUCAGGAUGGAAAUGGAUUCCUGACCUUGGAUGAGUUCACAGAAGGCUUUGGUAGUUUCCUGGGUUUAGCCACCUCCAUGCAACCAGAGAGUAAUAGUGGGGAAGCAGUAUAUGGGGACGACCUUGUUGACCCUAAUGAGGAGACUGAACUUUUUCUGGACAUGAUGAAGAAUGUGGGUGCCUAUGACAUGUUUGAAGACCAAACAACUAUCAAAAACAUGUGGUGUAGAUUGCGUAAAGAUGAGCCAGAAGUACUGUCUUCCUUUGAACAAUUCCUUUCCAAAGUGUCAGGUGAAAUAAAAAGAUCUCAAGCAGAUUUUGACACCCUUGAAUCAGCAUUGAAAAGCAAAAGCUCUGCGCAUGAUCAAGAAGUCAGAAAACUAUAUGAGGAGAUGGAGCACCAGAUUAAGCAAGAGAAAGAGCGGAUACUGUCUGAGGAAAAAGCAAAAGAGAAGCAGCUUCGUGAGGAAAUGGAAAGAGAGAUGAAGGAAAAGGACAGACAAUUGCAAGAGCUCCUUACACGGCAUGCUGAGAUGGAACAGAGGCUGGCAGAAUUGAAUUUUUCUGAAGUCGAGACCAAGCAAGAGAAUGAGAAAUUACUAAAGGAGAGAGAAAUGUUGCAAGAAAUGUUAGAUAACUCCCAACGUUCCCUGGAAGAGUCAAAAACAUACAUAGGACAGCUGAGACAACAGACAAAACAAGAGAGGAGGGAGAGGGCAAUGGCUGCGUUGCAGAUAACAGAGGGCAUAGCAUUAGAAAGGGAGACUUUAGUGAAGCAAUUAGAUUUACUGAGAGACAUGAACAAAAAGUUGAGAGAUGACAAAGAUGAAGCUGAGGCCAGAAGGGCUGCACAAGAUCCAAGUACUCUACACCAAGAACUGUCGGAGGCAGAGGCAGAAGGGGUACUUUUCAAAACAGCAAAGAAAAAGAAAAUCACUAAACAAGGAUCUAUAAUGUCAAACUAUUUUCAGUCUGAUAAAAGGUUAAAUGAGGGUAAGGUGGAAGAAGAAGGUUAUGAAGAAGAGGAUGAAGAAGCAGAGGGUGAUAAUUUUAUGAGAGAAGAAGAGGAAGAAGUUACAAGUGGCUAUCACAGUAAUCAUCACAAACAUUAUCAUCAACAUGAUCCAUCUCAUCAUCAUGUGAACAGUAUUCAGAACCAAGCAAAUUUACAUUCAGUUCUCUUACAAGAAAAAUCAGACUCUGAGGCAGAUGCAGAAAUUUCCAGAUACUCACAAAAUGAACCAAAUGGAUUUGAAAAUCUCAGAUCAGAAGAUUACGAGGUAGAUGAAGUGAACAAUGUUGUUAAAAAUGGAAUUUUGAAAGAAGAGUCUGAGUUGAAUUUAAAAAACAAUGGCACAGUAGGUCAAGAGAAAUCUCCAUAUAUAGCAGAUCUUACUAGCAGUGAAAAUGAGGGGAAGAAGAAGAUGAAGAAAGACAGAAAGAGUAGGACUUAUCGCAGUCAUCUCCAGCAGAUAGUAGACCAACAUUCCAGUGACUCCAGUGAUAGGGAUAAACCUAUAGAGACAACAAGUAGGCGAACCAGAAAGUAUAAAAGCAGUUCACUGUCAGGCAGUGAUAUAGAGGAGGUCAAUGAGAACAUUGACAACAUGAUUGCCUCUGGAAUUGAGGAGAUUAAUCUCACAAGUUCUAGAACUAUGCAACGCUCUUAUGCCAACAUGACAUUGGUCAGUGAAAAGAAUCCAGAAAUUCAGGAUGCUAGAAGGAAAUUUAGCUGGGGCAUCAUUGUGAAAAAGGCUCUGGAGACAGCCAAUAGCCUAAAAUCUGUAGAUGAGGAAACUGUCGAUGAGGCCCCUACAAUAAAUGGAGGGAGUGGCUCCUCUGAGAAGAAUGGUAAGCAAAGUUUAAGGCGCUCUCCUGUCUCUGGUCAUGGCCCCCUUGCUCUCAGAUCUCAGCCCAUUGGAGCAAGUGAUGUCAGAGAAAUGGGGGUUGGCGAGCAGGACCCUGGGCUUCCUUCCACCCCAGAACGACUGUUUAAGGUCAUAUUUGUUGGGGACUCUGGUGUUGGUAAAAGUAGCUUUAUCCACAGGUUUUGUACCAAUCAGUUCAGGCCUUCCUUUAGUGCAACUAUAGGAGUGGAUUUCCAGGUGCAGACUAUGCUGGUGGACAGUCAAGUCAUUGCUCUGCAGCUCUGGGACACAGCAGGACAGGAAAGGUUCCGUAGUAUUACCAAACAGUACUUCCGUAAAGCUGAUGGGGUGCUGAUUAUGUAUGAUGUCACCUCAGAAAGUUCCUUUAAAAGUGUUAGAAACUGGAUUGCCAGUGUACAGGAGGGAACAGAUGAUGGCACAGUGCUGAUGCUGGUUGGUAACAAAGUGGACCUGAUUGAGUGUAAUUACCGCAGAGUGAUCAAAACUAAGGAUGGGGAACACCUGGCAGAUGAAAAUGGUGCAUUAUUUUAUGAGGCCAGUGCUAAGUCAGGAAUAAAUGUUAAGGAAUCACUUCAAGCAAUGGCAGCUGUGCUAAAAGAUAAGGAAGACAAAGCCAUUGAGAAAUCCCUUCACUUAGAGGAGGCAAAGAAAAAGAAGAUGUGCUGCUAACAAAGAAAAAGAAACUGUAAACAGGCAGAUAACAUUGGAUUUCAUCUAGAAUCAGGAAAAUUAUUGCGAUGUAAGCUUAAAGUGUUUUUAAAGAUGUAUUUCUUCACAUGAUACUUCAGGAUGUGUUUGUUAGGAAGUAGCUCAUAAUGACCAAAAUUAAUUUAAGAAAUGGAAAUAGCUGUACGCCAUUAGCAGUGCAAGGGAAAAGUACCAAAACAUUUUUACAUAAAAUGUUUUACUUUUUCAAAUAAGCAUGACAGGGAAUUCUACUAAGAAAACUGAACAAUUUAUGGAGAGUAUCAGACCUAAGCUUACAGACUUAUGUUGAUUGGGAAAUAAGUCUAGUGAUAUAAUAUGACUGACAUAGAUUUGUAGGAAGUACAAGAUUGUAUAUUGAAAAAUGCAAUUUGUAGUGGAGGGCACUUUAUUUAACAUGGGGGAAAAACACCUCUGAGUGCAGCAUUUAAAUCAUUUCUAUUUUGAAAAGCUCAGUUAAUGCAAAUCUCUGAUUAAAAUUAGGUAUUUUAAAAAUUCAUUAAGAGAACCUAUAGAUUGUUUCUAUUUUAUUCUAACUUGGAUCUCUAUGUACAUUUAAGAAGAGGAGUAUGUGCAAUAUGUUUCUCAUACCAUUGAUAUAUUUUAUUCAUUCUUACAUUUAUAUCAUCUAAGCAUUUUUUUCAUUUUUCUCGCAUGUAAAUUGUUAAUGUACCUUACUUCUUCAAAACUGGUUGUGUAAAAGUUCCACAAUUGUCUUGACAUUUUAGGUAUUGUGGUGAAUCUCUAUUUACACCAGUCUAAUUUAAUUCUUGUAUCUCUUUUGUGGUAGGUUUUUUGACCAUAUGAAUGUUCCUGGUAUAAGCCUGUGGAGACAAAUACCAACUACAUGUUAUGUUUUUGGUGCUUUAUGAAAGUUUUGUUCUAAAAGAAGUCCAUUAAAAUGAUGACAUUAUAAAAACAGUCAAAGGUUGAAAUUAUCCUUUAAUUGGCUGGAAGAUGACAGUAUUAGUGAUUGUAUAAAAGUUUGGUACUGAAAUAAAUUCUGUAAAAAGAAUUAGAUAAAAAUUAAGAGAUGGGAUUUUUAAAGCAAAAAUGCAGUUCCAUUUUUGGUCUUCCAUAUUCCAAUAUGUUCACAUUUUUACCAAUGUUUUUCAGUUUUUAUGGGAAUUAUUAAAGUAUUUUACACGACAGUGGUGCACUUUGGUAGUAAAUCUACUUCAUUUUAUAUUUAAUAUGAAAAACAUUGUACAACUUGCACUGUCAAAGUUUGAUAGUAUGUAGAAAGUUUGUACUUAGCAUGGAUUGCAUAAAAACUUUAUUUGUUCAUUACCAGAUUUUAUGGUGCACUGGAAGUCAUUACAAUAUGACAUAAUGGAUUUAUGCCACAUAAUGUUUUUACUGGUUUCUGGUUUGCAAUUAAUGGUCAAAUUGGAAUAACUGGUUUUUGCUUGACAUGCUGUAUAGUAUAAAGAGUCUCAUUAAUAUCCUAACAACUGCCCCUUGUUUCAUAUUUUGUAUUUAUUUGGGAUCUCGCAUGUUGAUGGCUACCUGGAGUCACAUCUCAAGUCUUGUCAUUUUAAAAAAAUAUUUUUAAUAUUAGUUAUGGCCUUGGCAAAGAAUUAUGAAAAUUAAUAUAAAAUCAUUUAAUCAACAUUUAAUUUUAAUUGGUUAUAUAAGUAUCAGCUCUAAAGUAGUGAUAUCUAUGUAUAAACAUCUUGAAUAAUAGUGUAAGGGUUAAAUAUAUCAAAACCAUUGCAAAAUUUUCUUUAAACCAAGAACCAAUCCUUUAUCAAACAUUCACUGGUAAAGUACACUUACAAAAAGUACACAGUUACUGUUGUGGACAUUGUAAACUCUGGAGAAUACACAGGAAUAAAAAAAGGAGAAAGAAUUGUAAUAAAAUGCUUUUUGCUCAUUCUUAAAAAAUAA